AUGGCUACCCCAUCGUCGCCUGGCAUCCCGAGGUCAGACUCGGCGUCACCUCCACCUGCCUCCAUUCCAGAUCGCCCAGCCUCUCCGGAAGUGCCACUCACCAUGUCCGCCUCAGCCAUCCUGAUAGCUCAACCUCGCGAUGUGGCCUCUGCUCUGAGCAGCGCAGGCGAGUAUCUUUCAGACAAGGUCGUCGUCAAAUUCAAGGCUGUCGGAAGUGCACCCUCGCUCGCUCGAGGGGUGGCCAAGAUCUCAUCUACCCAGACCUUCCACACUGUCAUCUGGUAUCUGCGCAAGAGGCUCAAGCUUCAAGAAACAGACAGCGUCUUUUGUUACGUCAAUGACUCUUUCGCCCCCUCCCUCGACGAGAUUGUCGGUAACUUGCAUAGUUGCUUCAAAGAUUCAAGCGGUCAGCUCGUGAUUUCUUAUGCUAUGAAUCCAGCCUUCGGCUGA